CAUGACCUUUGACUCGGCUGACCAUGCUCUGGCUUGGGCAAGUCAUCCGUCCAUCCAAGAGAGCCUGCCCAGACUGGUUAUUGUUCGUGACUCCUUCAAGCGGUCCGAUCUUGCUCCUCUUCCUGCUCGGGAUAUGGAUGAUGUCCGUGCUGCAGCGAGCAUGAUGGCCGACGCGGAGCUGGCCUACGAUCCGAACUCGCUCACGCCUGAUCACCUCGUCAAUGGCCUCGACUACAAGGAGCUCGUCAACUCGGGCCGGAAGCCGGUCAUCUCUCGCACCGAUCAGCGUCUGAUCAAUAUCGUGGACGGAAGCUCUCUCACGCUCAAGAUGGAUCUCGAUGUCACCAACCUCGCCCUCGGUCCGCUGCCCAUCCGCGGCAUCUCGGUCCUCGACUCGGAGGCCUUGCUCAACGCCGCCACUCCCGUCUGGGUCUACUGCAACCAGUCGCAGCGGAUCAUGCUUGACGUCCCGCACGUCGUCGGCCUCUCCAAGAGCUGCUUCUUUGACGAUGACGUAGUCUCGCUUGUUGCAGUCCUCGGCCCCGCGGCCGGCUCCGCAGCAAGCUGGUUGAGUUCCAGCGGGCGCUCCGUGCUAGCAUCAGCGCAAGUCGGCGUGGCGCCUGGUUCUCGCCGUUCAUCACCGAUCCUACCGAUCCGCUUGGCCCUGUGGUGAUCGCCGAUGACGACGACGACGAGCUCAUCCUCGUCCCACCGUCAAUCGUCCUCGGCACAGACGUCAGCUUUGCUUUCACCAAGUCCCCGGCCAUUCCCGAGUGUAUUGCCGUCAACUGGGCCGACGUCGCCUCGCACAAUAUGGCUACCUGCCUCAACGCUACCAUCGCCGUGCUCCUCGCCUCGGUCCUUGCUGGCCUGUCGGUUGCCCGUGCCAUGGGCUAGCACGCCACUCACUUACCACUUGUCUUUCGCAUCGACACCGCGUCUCUAACCCUCCAUCCACCCCACAUGCCGCGCGCACUCUGCCCGCACUGCGGCGCGUCCGCCUUUAUUGCUGCCGAC